AUGGCCGAGUCGGACAUCACCAAUCAGGAAGGCUUCGAGCUGGCCGCCGAACCGACCGCCGACGCGUGCUAUUCCCACUGCCGCCCUGACAGUCAGAUGAAUGGAAUGAUUGACAAAUGGUACGCGUGUGCCCUGCUCCACUAUGACUCCCGCCACUUUGCGAUGACACGCGCCGAGGUGGAGCAUGCGGUUCGAGUGCUCGGCGGUGUGAUGACGAGCGACAGCCUGUGGUCGAUGCCGUUCUACUAUGGGGCGAUGGCCGGCCUUUUCUGCUCGAUCCUCAUCUUCUUCCUCCAUUUCUUCUGCACCCGGUCUCUGACGAAACAGCGCACCCUGCAGCUGCACGUCGACAACCCAUCGCUGCUCUCCACGCGCGCCACCAGCUCGUCGAUGGGGCGGGGC